AAAAAAUGUUGUUACACAAUUUUAACAUCACAGCGUGCGUUUAGUUUCAAGUUGUGAGGAUGCGCUUUCUCUACAACCCUACCUAUAGCCAUUGUUAACUGAUGAUGAGUCAUCAUUUAGAUUGAUUCCAUGGCUUGGCGCUUCUUCUCCAUCUUCAAAUCCUCCAAAACCCUAUCCCCUAAGAACCCUAAUCCCAAUUUCUUCACUGCCCCAUUUUCCACCUCCUUCUUAGUCACCAAAACCCCAAAAAAGCUCAAGAAAAAACACAAACCCAAACACAGUCCCCGAACCAACCCGGUCCAACCACAACCCAACCGCAUCGCCGAACUGGAACGUAUCCUCGACCGGGACGCACUCCUCCGGUUCGUCACCAAAUCGAAGCAGUUCCUCUCCUCCCAGCCGGAGCAUGUCCUCCGCCUCGACGACGCUGGGAAGCUCCACCGCGAGCUCGGCUUCCCUCGCGGCCGCAAGGUCUCCCGCUUCAUCCAGGACCACCCGCUCCUCUUCCAGACCUACCGCCACUCCGACGGCAAAAUGUGGCUCGGGUUCACCGACCUCAUGGAAGAUCUCCUCGCCGAGGAGCAAUGCAUCAUGGACUCCAUGGAGAAGGAUCGCGUUGACAAGGUUCGGAGGUUGCUGAUGAUGUCUGCGCGUAACCGAAUUGCUUUGAGUAAGAUUCACCAUUGUAGAACCCUUUUUGGAAUCCCCCAUGAUUUUCGCGACCGGGUCGCGAAGUACCCGGGGUUUUUCCGGGUUGUGGUGGAGAGUGAUGGGAGGAGGGUGCUUGAGUUGGUUAAUUGGGACCCUGUUCUUGCGGUGAGUGCGCUUGAGAGGGAGUUUGUGGUUGAUGAGGAUGGUGCUAAGAGGAAAUUUAGGUUUCCAGUGAAGCAUGGGAAGGAUUUGGAUUUGGAGUUGGAUGAUGAGAGGAAGCUGAACCUGUUGAACACGCUUCCUUUGGUGUCUCCUUAUUCGGAUGGGUCGAAAUUGGAUGUGUGGACCUUGGAAGCGGAGAAGUAUAGGGUUGGGGUAGUUCAUGAGUUCUUGAAUUUGACCUUGGAGAAGAGGGCCUCCAUUCAUCACCUUGUGGAGUUUAAGGAGGAGUUUAGUUUGACUAAGCAUACUUAUCACAUGCUUCUUAAGCAGCCCCGAGCGUUUUAUUUGGCCGGAACCGAGAUGAACUGGGCUGUGUUCUUGAAGGAUGCUUAUGAUAAAAAUGGUGUUUUGAUUGAGAAGGACCCCCAGGUGGUGUUCAAUGAGAAGCUUUAUAAGUAUGCUCUCAUGCAGGAGAUGGAACCUGGUUCUGAUGUUGGGAUGGAAAAGCAACAUUUAACUUGAGUUCAUUGAUGGUUUAUGUGUCCUUACUGAGUGAGAAACACUUCCAAAGGGAUUUUUAUAUUAAGGAAAAGGAAACUAAUGGAGGUCUUCAAUUAAAGGUGCUCUGGCCUCUGGAACCGGAAUGAAAUGGCUGGGAUGUAAAAGGUGUAACUUUUUCAUAUUUUGAUUCCAAGAAGAAUGAAGAGGUCUGGGAGAAAUUUGAGUUUAAUGUCGUGUUAGACUGUUAGUGAUAGAGCAGCAUUCACUCCCAAGAAUUGCAUAGGUGGCGAGGAUUUUAGGUUCGUCAACUUUACCAUUUUAUCUAGGUAUACCAGGUUCCAUAGUUUCAACUUUCAUCUGCUAUGAAAUGCUAGGAACCUGUCUUGUUUUCUACUAUGUUAUGUACAUAUAUUCAUGGUUUCAGACCUCUGGUUUUAAUGGGACCAUGACUUUUAUUAGACUGUUAUUAAGAGUCAUCA